AUGAUCUUUGGUAUUCAACUACCAAGAGCAAAUAAUAAUUAUACGAAUCAAUCAACUUUCACAAUUGUCUCGCCACCUUUGACAACAAUCACAAUUCAUCAAGGAAAUAAUAAUAUAAAUAGUAAUAGUAAAAAUUCGGAUAGAUCCAUUGGAACAAGAGUUCCAGAGAAAUUGGAAAUCUAUAUAAUUAGAAAAGAUUCGGAUGGCUUGGGCUCGGCGUUGGAAGAGAAUCUCUCAAAGAUUCUCGGUACUAGAGUUACGUGUGGAUACCCACCUCCUCAGAUGCCACUGCCACCUCCACUGCACCUGACAGCGGAGAAACGCUCACUCAUCCUCUAUGUAGUGCCAGAGGAAUCGUAUCACUACAACAACGACGAGGAAGCAGGAUAUUUCUAUUGUUCGGAAACCGAUGAAUUCAGUCUACUUCAGAUUGGCGCAACUUUCAACAAUCAUCUACUUGGCUACCUGGUGAUUCGUAGUACUCGUUCACAGUCGAUCAUGGUCAGUCAGUAUCCUGACUCUGCAUGCGAAGAUGCAUCCAUUCGUCUUGGCAACGUUCCACCAUUGGUAUCCAACCUAAAGAUGACACUCACCAAAGAUAAUUCCAUUGAACAAAAUGAUAUAUUCGUUUCGAAAUCAAUUGAAAGACUGAAACAACUUAUAACAAAAAGACAAUCUGCUUGA